AUGGCACCUAUACCGACAGCUCGAAUCGCUCGACCCCAAUUGACCCCGAGACCCUCAGACCUUCCGCUCUUCCUCCUCGCUCCGUCCGUACUAUGCGUGACUCCCGCAUCCUGCACCUCAGUAGCGCGAUUCUCGACGUCGUCGGCCUUGUGGAAGAGAGAUAACAAUCCCAAUCGCGGAGUAUCGCCGUUGAGGCACACUGGCCUGCGAAAACGACAGACAUUAUCCGUAAACAAGUACUUGAACGAUCUACCCCCCGUUCGCGUACCAGAAGCCGAACGACCCCAAAUCGAAGUCGAUAGCGACCAUGGCCUGUGGGACUUUUUCUGGGAGAAGCAGGCAAUGCGCACACCGGCUGACUUGGCUCACCAUGGGCGUGCAUGGACUGUGAAUGAGUUGCGCAAGAAGGAUUGGUCAGAUCUACACAGCCUUUGGUGGGUAUGUGUGAAGGAGCGUAAUCGACUGGCCACUCUGGAACAUGAGCGCAAGCGGUUACAUUUCAAGUAUGGCGGGAAGGAGGCUAGCGAUAGAGACGCAACGGUACAAGAGACCAUGCAGGCCAUCCUCGAUACACUGCAGGAGCGCCAUACUGCAUGGCAGGAGGCGUAUAAGCUUGCCCUGUCUCGACCUAAGGAGUAUGAUUUGGCCAGAAAGGAUGGCCCGCAGUACCUGGGACCCGAUCCGUAUAGCAUUCACGAGAUGGAAGAGGACACCAAGGAAGAACAAGCUCCACCGAAAGAGGAGCAGGGCCAAGUGAAGCAGGCCACUCAAUAG